AUGGCUACUAUCGGAGGUAAUGAACAAUCUACGUCGACCAUAGCUGAAUCUCCUAAUCAGCCAAUUAUUGACACUAGUAGUCCUUUUUACAUGCAUCCCUCCGAUAAUUCGGGAAUAGCACUAGUUCCUGUUCCAUUUGAUGGAUUUGGUUAUCGCUCAUGGAGAAGAGGUAUGAUGAGAGCCCUAUCAGUGAAAAAUAAACUAGGCUUCAUCAAUGGGGACUGUAAGAGGCCGGAUCCAGACUCCUCAAGCUAUCGAUUGUGGGAGAGAUGUGAUGAUAUGGUGACCUUAUGGAUUUUGAAUUCCUUGGAAAAGGAAAUUGCAGAUAGUGUUGAGUAUGUGACAGAUGCAAUCGAGUUGUGGAAAGACCUUGAAGAUCAACAUGAUCAAACAAAUGGAACAAAACUUUACCAGAUACAAAAGGUGAUUAAUGAUUUGUCCCAAGGAGCUCUGGACAUCACUGGCUACUAUACAAAAAUGAAAAAGCUAUGGGAAUAA